GCACUGAUGCUUCACAGUUUGAAGUUAGAAUUUCGGCUGAGGCCUUAUGUGUGUAAUUAGCAUAUUCUGCUGAUGCUUGACUUACUCUCAAUACGAGAGAAAACUAUUUAAUGUGCAGUCUCUUUGGGUUGUGCAAAGAUAUCAAAACGGGUAAUGACAUUCAUGUUUACUUGCAAUACGACUUUCAGAGUGAGCUUUCUGAGAAGUUUCUGCUUUGAACAAAAUACAUAUUUUCAAACACAAUUAUGAUUGUGCUUGCAUUCUGUACUUACUAUUAACUGCGUGGAUGGCUAUCUAUUGACACUCGUGUUUAUUGCUUAUUUUCCCUUUUGAAAAACAAAGCUUGGUCUCAAAGGGUUUCUUUUUCUGCUUGAAUUAUGCUUGUUUUAUUUGAUUGAUGUGUACUUCUAUUUGAGCACAACACUUCACUUUGAAUACUUUACGAUUGUAAUUGAAUGAAAUUGGCAGCAGUUUGCAUUUUCCCUCCAAAAGUAUAAAGAAGCAUGCAGUCCGGUUACAGACAGCGCUUCUAGUGGUCACAGUUAGCCAGUUACAUUUGAUUGUUCUCCAUCGAGAGCAGGUGUUUACUUUCAUUCCGAUAACCCGACUGUAGUUGCUGCAAUUUAGUUGAAUUUCUACCGGAAUCAAAGGUAAUGACAAAGUCGUAAUUAUCAUGAAAUAUUUUGAGCCACAUCGAGUUGAUGUAAUAGGAUUUAAUUAGCCUUUUCCAGUGGAAAAACGGCGCGGGCUAAUUUUGGCCUUUUAGCUAGCAACUGUUUUGUGACCGCACGUCGUCGUUUGACUAAAUAACUUCACUUUCGUUAAAUGACACUUUUAUUGUACUUUUUUUCAUCUUUUCUGACCAAGCGAGCGUCUGCGAGGCCAAAGACUAUGUCCAAGUUGCUCAAUUUGAAGUUGGUGCACCCUUCAUGCAUCUGGGCCCAGCUGGACAGUCAUGUUGGCAUUGACGCAGUGGGCAAGCAUCAGUAUGACAAGCUGUUUGCAUCCAUGAACCUCUUCUAUGGUGAUUACACCAGUGACCAGUGUACAGUGACGCCCUCCUCGCUGGAGAAGGGACAGGUAUGCGUAGUGUACUGGUCCCAGAAUAAGAUGUGGUGCCGGGCCAGGCUGGAAAACAUAAUCUCAGAGUCACAACCGUGUCUUGCUUGCUGUCAGCUUCUGGACCAUGGAGAAUCCCUUAUUGUCCUCCUCAGCCGAGUCCGACACGUUGAGCAGGAUUUCCUUCAGCUGCCGUUCUGGAUGAGGAGGUUCCACUUAGCGAGAGUAAUGCCCCUGACGCUGCAAGUGUCUUUUUGUCAGGAGGCCAAACUGGUGCCAUCCAGCCGCUGGGACUGUUCAGCCACAUCCUACAUGUGUGACCUUCUCGAGACUUCAAGUCAGACUGAGGCCGUUCUACUCAAGGAAGAGUCCAACUCCACUGCCAUCGAGCUCUACGUGAGCAUCAACGGCGUCAAGAUUUGUGUGAAUGAUGAGCUGGUUUUGAAGAGGUUUGCCAUCCACAGCCAAGACUGUUCCAACAGCAGCAAGUUGGAGCAGAUUAAUGCUCUACUUUUGGAGGGGUUGAAUCCACAGCCUUUGAAAUUUCCAUCAGAUGAUGAAGAUGAGCCGGUGAUUCUCGAUGCUCCCAAGACGGGCGGCGUUCUGGUGCACUCUGCUGUCCCGAUAGAGCCGUGUUCAAGUCUGGCUGACGCGCCCAUCACCGAGUCACUUUGCAGGAUAUUGCAGAGGAAGCAGGUCUGCUUGUCUUCCACAGACCUUCUAAGUUGGCCCUCUGUGGGUAGAGGGAACAACACCAUAGUCAUCUCGCAUAGCGCUGACCAGCCUCAAGGCUACCUGGCCCCCCUUCUCAGCAACAUACUGCUAUGCACUAUCUUCACCAUCUCCUCCUCUACAGCUGGCCCGGUAGCAGUGGUGCUGUGUCCCGGCUGGGAGAAGGUCCAGCUGAUAUGCGACCUUCUAGAGGAGUGCAAGCUUACCCAGCGUCUCAAUGCAACCAGCGUACUUCUUGGUGGUGGCAAAGAUGAACCCAAAGCCUUCAAGAUGCCCAAAGACUGCCUAUUGCUAGUGACCACUCCCUUCAGUCUGGUGCGUCUGCUGUCGUGUCACUGCUUUUUGUUCCUGCGUUUGAGUCACCUUGUGCUGGAUGAGGCUGACCAGCUCUUCACGCUAGCGUCGGUCCAGAUGGAGAAGAUUUUGCAGCAUUUUAAGAAGAUCAGCUCCCGCCAGGAAAUGUCCUCAUGUCCACAACAACUGAUCGCUGUGGCAAAGCGGUGGACGAGUCACAUGGAGGCUUUGAUAGCAGAGCACAUGCCUUUUGCUAGUGUCCUCAUAGCAGCUCCUGAAGAAGCGGCGCUGUAUGGAAACGUGCAACAGCGUGUACUUAUGACCUUGGAGAGGAGCAAGAUCUCCACAUUGUUGAGCGCAUUGGAUUUCAGCCCUGACGUGGGCCAGAAGACUCUCAUUGUCUGCGACUCUACAGAAGAGGUUGAAAAUGUCUACAAGGCUGUAAGCUCUAAAUCAGCAUUCAGUCUAAAGAUUCAUGAGGACUUGAUGCACACAUUGAACUGUGUGCUCCAGCAGUGGGGCAAAGAAAUUUGCCCUGGCGCACAAGUCAUUCUGGUCACUGCCGGAGAGUGCCUGAAGUGUUUGGGGCUGACAGAUGCUACCUGUGUGGUCCACUUUGGCUUCCCAAGUUCUCCCAAAAUAUUCGGAAGCAGACUCUCUUGCAUGAGCCACAAUUUCAGGAAUCUCACCAACCUUGUAAGACCUGGCGGUUCAUCAGGUGUUUCCUUGCUGCUGGUCUCUGAGAAGAAUGCGCAGCACGUUGGUGGCCUGGUGCGCUACCUCAAACGAAGCCAUGCUCUACUCCCUGCAGAGCUGCUGUCUUUCGCAGAGGCUGCCGACGUGGCCCGAGAGGAGCAAAAGACUGAGCGGCCACUAUGUCACCACCUGAAGAGCUUUGGAAUGUGCAGGUUUGGUGCUGUGUGUCCAGAUCGCCACAGGCUCAUUCCGCAACUGGAUCAGUCCGAACUUCCUGCUUCUGGACUCAUAGAGGUGUUGCCUCUCCACAUCAAGACAGCGUCAGUUUUCUAUGGUCGUAUAAUCCAGAGGGAGAAAGAAGUCUUUGACAGAAUGGUGGCUGGCAUGACGUCUUACUAUGCCGACAGCAAGCCGUGUCCUGAGGAGGUGUUGGAAGGAGGCUUGUAUGCUGUACAGGACGACCACCAUUUCCACAGGGUGAAGGUCCUGACUGUCGCAGACAACAAAGGCCGCCUUUUUUUCAGUGUCCUCGCUCGUUUUAUUGACAUCGGAAAAGAGGCAGAAGUCAAAUCCCACCAGAUCCUGCGGCUGCCGGAAGAGUUCCACUCUUUGCCUGGCCAAGCAGUGGAAAUGAUUGUGUGCCAGGUGAAGCCUUGUGACGCAGAGGCUAACUGGCAUCCCAAGGUGACCAGAACCAUAAGCCAGAAGAUACAAGGUGUUCAGCACCGAGCCAGAGCCGUCCUCAGUCUUGGAAACACAGUCUUUCUGGAUCUUAUGGUUCUGGAGAGCAGAGUGGCUGGUAUGAAGACUGUGAUCAGUGAGUACAACGUUCCUAGCCUCAUUUUGAACACCGGCAUGGCAGAACGAAACCCAGAUCAUGUGAACCUUCUGAAGCUACUCAGCGGGACAAGUGCAACCAAUCAUGCUUGUGGGAAUCAAACAAGUGAGCCUCCGGUAAAGUCCUUGGAUAUGAGCAACAACAAAGAUGGCGUCUUUGCUGGUGACAACCAAAAAAACAAUCAGCUGAGCCAUGGAGAGGCUCACAUGACCAAGAGUGUCAGUUUGCACCCACAGGUCCGCUGGUAUCAGACGUCCACGGAACUGAGCGUCACUCUGAAGCUAAGGGACCCGCAGAGUCAGCGCUGCGAAUUCCACACUGACCGCGUGGUGUACAGUUGCAUUGUGAAUGGUCGUCGCUAUGGAGUGGAUUUUGAGCUCCACUCGGCCGUGUCGGCUGAGCGCUGCCACCGGAAGCUGAAUUGCAACGAGCCCGUCCUCACGCUCGUCAAGCAAGAGCCAGGGUACUGGCCUACGCUUCUCAGGAGCAAGAAUAUUUUUGUGAGUUAUGACAUGGAGCACCUGGAGCAAGAAGAUAUUGUGUCACGUCAAAGUCAUGUGUUUGAGAGUGACACGGGAGAAGAACACCGCUUUGUCAACCGGCACAGCAGCAGCGACAGCGACUCAUGUUGA